AAGGACUCAUAAAGGAAGUAAGUCAUUACACUAAGGUCCUUCACAUGUGACCUCUCCGCUGUGGAUACAUGUUAUUCUUUUCCCUUCCUCUAUCUGUCCCUUUGUGGUCUCCUUUCUUCUGUAUCAUGGAUCUAAGCCUGAGCAUACAGCUGCUAACAAGUCAGACCUGUUUCAGGUGCAGAGGUCACAGCUGAAAAAACUACAAAUAUAUGUUGGAUGGUUUACUGCCCUUUCCUCUUCUACAUUGAAUCAUGUUGUGCAAGAACCUACAGGAGGCAAAACAGAACAUAAAUACAGACUAAGUUUGAGGAAGCAGCCUGUAACAUGUUAAAGAAGAAGUAGCUGGCAGUCAUGACUUUGCCUUGUGAUUCAGAAGCGGGUGUCGGCUCAAGAUCAAGUAGUGCCCGAGCUUAAAUGACGGCUACAGAACCAAGUUUGGGUCGAUUUGAUGAUUAUGGACACAAUGGAGACAAAUAUUAAAAGUUGGCAGGACAUUGGUAAACUAGCAGGACAGAUUAUUCAGCCACAAAACAGCAGCACUAAACCGUUAAAUGAAUGUGCACAGGAAGAGUCCGUGACUCCUAAAGUGCGGGACGCAAGAAGCAUGAAGAGGGUGGAAAGCCUAUGCAGGACUCCAUCACCUGCUACAAUAAGUAGGAGAAAAAGAGGCAUCAGAGGGAGUCUGUGGAGCACAACUGGAUCCCUGCCUUUUGGGGGAGCUUGGAUCUCGGCAGCUGGUUUUGAUGUUGUCGAUGGCCAGGAGCAGCAGCAACUGGACUACGGGGAAAAUGGCAUAGUUCUUGACCCGGUUGAGCAUGCUUGGAUGCUCAUGGUAGCAGAAGGCAACUUUGAUGAGCUGCAGGAGUCUUUACAGGAGGAUCCUAGUUUGCUUUAUAAGAGAGAUUUUGUGACUGGCUAUUCUGUUAUUCACUGGAUAGCCAAACAUGGCCACGACGAGGACCUAAUACGACUUAUGGAUUUUGCCCGUGCCAGUGGCUACCUCGUAGAUGUCAAUACCCGUGCCAGCGGGGGUUUAACUCCACUCCAUAUUGCAACUCUUCAGGGACAUGCCAUGAUCAUCAAAGUUCUGGUGGGUGCGUACAAUGCAGAUGUCCAUAUUCGGGAUCAUAAUGGGCGGAAGGCUUGGCAGUAUUUAAAACCUAGUUCUGAUACCAAGCUUCUGACACUGUUAGGGGCUCCUGAAGAAGAGGAAAAUGGUGCAGUGGCUGCAAGGAAUAACAAUAAUAACAGUCAUGUAACCACAAUCCGGCAUAUUGCACCACUGGAUCGUGAUGAAAUUGAUUCUACUGCUAAAAUGACAAUGGCCGUAGCACCUCUCAGGAACUUUUUAAAAAAUGCUUAUAGUUUUCUAAAGAAGUGGUAACUAUUGGCACAUGAAAGCAAAAAAAGCAUGAGCGAUCUAGAAAAA